AUGCGAUACCUGAAAAAAGUUAUUCUACUUGAGCAAAUCCCUAAUUUUCGAUUUUCUGAAAAAUACACGUUCUCACCUAUUACUGCUGUAGAUGACUCCGCCAAUGGUGUCGUUGAUGCAGUUUCGUUUGAUGCAUCACUUGUUGGUAGAGUAGGAGUAGUAAUUAUUGUUGUCAUUUUUGUCAUUUCUGUUGUUGGAGUUGUUCUUCUUGUUGUUGUAGUUUUUCCUUUUGUUGUUCUUGUUGUUGUUAUGGUUGUUGUUGACGUUUCUACCGUAGGCGAAGGCGAGCUUGAUGCGUCCAUUACAGGUGUGCUUGUUGGUGGUUCCGUUGGAGGAGAACUCGUUGUCGAACUUGUUGAAGUUGUUGUGCUAGUUGAGGUCUUCUUUGUUGUCGUGCUUAGCGUCGUUUUCAUAACUAUUCCUAGCCAGUCAGCAAUAUUCUUCUCUAUGAUUUCACGAGCUUUCUUUAACUCUGGUAAAUCGAUUUCCCUUUCUGGGUACGUAUCUGCGCAAUGGGCAGUGCCUCGAAUAAAACUCUUUUAG